AUGUCGCCUACUGGUCGACGUGAAUACAGAACCAAAGACAAAUUUGCUACCUUCCGUGAACUACGAAGUGCGGGGGGCAAUUCUCGCUUACAUAAAUAUGAGGUGGUACAAGACGACGACAUUUAUGAUGAAGUCGAUGAAGCUGAAUAUCAUGCCAAAUUUCGAGAUCGUGAAUUUGAAGAUGAAUUUGUGGUUGACGAUGACGGCUCUGGCUACGUAGAUCACGGACAAGAUGAUUUUGGAGAGCCGUAUCUUGAAUCGUCUGAUGAAGACGCAGAGCAAAAAGGCAAGAGAAGAAAAAAAACGAGGAAGGUAGUUAAAUCUCCACCAAACAAGAAAUUAGAAACUUUCUUCGCAAACGCCGCGAAUAAAUCGAAUAAACAACAAGAUAGAACUACCGAGGAUGACAUGUUUAUGGUCAAUUUGUUAACAAAUCUGGAUGGCAUGGAGGCUACGCCGGAACAACCUGUUGAGGUAUACAUCAAGGAUCAAGAUGCAUACAUUCCUGAUCAACAUGUAUUCAUCCAAGAUCAGGAUGUUGAUGAAUACGUUCAGGAUGUCAUCAAGGAUCAAGAUGCAUACAUCCCUGAUCAACAUGUAUUCAUCCAAGAUCAGGAUGUUGAUGAAUACGUUCAGGAUGUCAACCCGGACAUCCUGAGCCAAUCCGAUACCAUCAAAUUUUAUUGGAUUGAUGCGCAAGAAAUUUCUGGCCUACUAUAUAUCUUUGGAAAGGUUCAGGAUAAAUCAACCAACACGUUUAUUAGUUGUUGUGUAACAGUAAAGAAUAUUGAGCGCAACCUCUUCAUAUUACCACGGAAGAAGCGAUUCGAUCGAGACGGUAAUGAAACCGAAAUUGAA